AUGGACUCAACAUCGCCUGUGAAAUUGGGGAGACCGCCUCUUUCAUCGCCUUUGCAACUAUACAUCAAUGGACAAUGCGUCUCCUCAAAAGGUGGCACGACCUUUCCGGUGCACAACCCGCUGACCGGUCAGAAGCUGUAUGAGUGCGCAUCGGCCGGGCCCCAAGACUAUGUGACCGCCAUCGUACAUGCCCACAAAGCAUAUAAGGCUUGGUCUCAGAUGGGCCCGUCCGCGCGGCGACAGAUCUUCCUUCGCGCCGCCGAUAUUCUGGAGACGUACCUCGACGACAAUGCUGGGGGUGAUGCUGCGGAGAUUCUCUCGAACGAAGUUUCGGCUGUUCUAUCAUGGGUCACUCUGAAUGUGAAAGCCGCUGCCGCGAUCCUCAGAGAGACUGCCGGUCUUGUCACGCAUAUCAAAGGUGAGAUUGUGCCUGCCGAUCGACCGGGGACGACAAUUAUGAUAACGCGAGAGGCUUGUGGUGUCGUGUUUGCCAUCAGUCCAUGGAAUUCUCCGGCAACUCGAGCCGUGGCAACACCACUAAUCUGCGGCAACUCCGUCAUCUUUAAGCCUUCGGAAGUCAGCCCCAAAUCACAAUUUUUGCUUAUUCGGGCAUUGAUAGAAGCCGGUCUGCCUGCUGGAUGUGUCAAUUUCCUCCCCUCAAGACCUGCCGAUGCAGCAGCAGUCACUGAACUGACAGUCAAGCAUCGGCUCGUGCGACGUAUCAACUUCACCGGUGGUGACAAGGUCGGCAAGAUCAUUGCUGGCUGGGCCGCCAGCUGCUUGAAGCAAUGUCUACUUGAAUUAGGUGGUAAAGCCCCUGUCAUUGUGCUCAAGGACGCCGCUUUGGAGGACGCCGUCGAAGCUGUUGUAUUUGGUGCUCUGACGAACAGCGGCCAGAUCUGCAUGUCCACAGAACGAAUCAUAGUCGAUGAGUCCAUUGCCGAUAAAUUCAACGAAUUACUCUUGCAAAGAGUCUCGAGGAUCAAGAUAGGAAACCACUUGGAGGACCAUAGCGUUUCGUUAUCUGGCCUGCACAGCCCAGGUUUGGCUUCCCGGGUUUUAUCACUUGUCGACGAGGCCGUCUCGGCAGGAGCCUGUUUGAUUGCGGGCGACAGAACUUCGACCGGCCCGAGAAAGACAAUUGUACAAGCUCACGUGCUAGACAAGGUAACCCCUGAAAUGGGCAUUUUCCACGAGGAAACAUUUGGACCGGUCAUCUGCGUUACCCACGUCAGUUCGAUAGACGAAGCGAUCGAUGUGGCGAACAACUCUGAGUAUUCCCUCUGUGCCAGUGUGUUUACCCGCGACGUCAUGGCUGGGCUAGACGUGGCAAAGCAAGUCAAGUCCGGCAGUUGUCAUGUCAACGCUCCAACGGUAUUCAUUGAGCCGACGCUGCCCAAUGGAGGGGUGGGAGGACGAAGUGGCUAUGGACGAUUCGGUGGAACCGCUGGAAUACACGAGUUCACUGAUCAAAAGAUCACCAGUCUCGUGGUGCCGGGAAUGAAGUAUCCGAUCUGA